AUGGUCAGGUCGUACAUGCGCCAUGGCCCCACGCAGGCCUUUGGCAUUGUCUGCUCGCCCACGGCCAACGCGUCCUACGACGGCCGCCUUGCCUAUGUCGCCGGAUGGGAAGAUGUCCUUGUGUGGGACGUCAAGCGCGGCGAGAUGGUCUCCAUGUGGCACGCUACCGGAGUGACCUCUCCCAUCACCGCUCUGUCUCCCGCCCCGACCCCCGAAGCAUCGGCCUCUACCGCUCCUCAGACGUUUGCCGUCGCCUACACCAACGGUUCCAUCCGCCUUUGGUCCUGGGACCCGGAGACGCCCUCCGUGGAGGCUACCGAGGUGGUCACCUUUAACGGUCACAAGAAGGGCGUGACUUCCUUGAGCUGGGACGCGGACGGAGCACGCCUCGCGUCGGGAGGAACCGAAGGCGAGGUUGUCGUCUGGGACCGUGUUGCCGAAGUCGGUCUGUUCCGUUUGCGCGGCCACCGUGGCCCCGUGACCAGCAUCACAUUUGUGCCCCACCCCCACCUCCCUUCGACUGCGCAUGCCGGCUACCUUGUUACCACCAGCAAGGACACGUACCUCAAGCUCUGGGACCUGUCGACCCAGCACUGCGUUCAGACGGUCGUUGUCGGCCGCGGCGAGGUUACUUCAGCGGCUGUCCAGGAGGAGCUUCCGGAGGAGGACGAGGAGGGAGACAAGGAGGGAGAAGGCCGCUGGCUCAUCCUCACUGGUUCGGGCGAUGGCGAAGUCAAGGCGUGGACGAUUGAAAAGGCCGCCCUGGCCGAUGGACUGAAGGAGAAUGACAAGGGCGAGCUCCCCACAUUGGUUCAUCCCCUUUGCACUGUGCCGCUCCCAUCGUCGACGCACGCGGUCACCCAGCUCGCCUUCCACCCUACCCUGCCGCUCGUCCUGGCGCAGACUUCGGACAAGACGACUGCUGUCCUCCGUGUCCGUUCCGAGGAGGAAGUCCAGGCGAAGCGUGUGAGGAGGCAGAAGCGUGAACGCGAGAAGAGCAAGAAGAAGAAGGCCACCGCUGGUACCGAAGAGGAGGCCGACGGCAACGAAAAGGACGUGACCAAUGAGCCCGUGGCAUGGCUCGACCGCAUUACGACAUGGUGUGUGGUCAAGGCCAACGCCAAGGUCAAGUCGUUUUCGCUUGCUCGCGACGAGCCCAACUCGAAGACUGUUGGUCUUUUGCUCGCUCUUGCCAACAACUCGCUCGAGGCUUACACCUUCCCCUCGCCCGGCCUCACCGGCGCCAAGGGCUCCAAGUCCAAGCUUGCCGACGGCACCAUCCCGGAGCCUGUCAAGGUGCACUCGGUCGAAUUGCCCGGACACAGGCAGGACGUGCGUGCACUGGCAGUCAGCAGCGACGACCAGGUUCUCGCCUCGGCCGCCAGUGGUACCCUCAAGGUGUGGAACUUGCGCACCACCACCUGCCUGCGUACCAUGGAGUGCGGCUACGCACUGUGCUGUACCUUCUUGCCUGGCGACCGUCACGUCGUGGUGGGAACCAAGGCUGGUGAGCUGCUGUUGUAUGAUGUUGCUGCGUCGACGCUUCUGGCACGUUACGAGGCUCACAAGGGCCCCGUGUGGUCCAUCAAUGUUCGCCCCGACGGUCGCGGCCUCGUGUCGGGCAGUGCCGACAAGGACGUCAAGUUCUGGGACUUUGAGAUGCGCGAGGAAGGCGAGGGCGAGCGUGUGGUCAGCCGUCUCGGCGUGGAGACUGUGUACAAGACCAAGCAGCUCGCGCUUGUCCACGUGCGUACCCUCAAGAUGACCGACGACGUCCUUGCCGUCAAGUACUCGCCCGACGGCAAAUACCUUGCCGUUUCCCUUUUGGACUCGACCGUCAAAAUCUUCUUCCAGGACUCGCUCAAGUUCUUCCUGUCGCUGUACGGCCACAAGCUGCCCGUGCUCGCGCUCGACAUUUCGUCCGACUCCAAGCUCAUUGUCACAUGUUCGGCAGACAAGAAUGUCAAGAUCUGGGGUCUUGAUUUCGGAGACUGCCACCGCUCGCUGUUUGCGCACGACGACAGCGUCAUGCAGGUCGCGUUUGAGAAGAACAGUCACCACUUCUGGACGGCCGGCAAGGACCGUCUCCUCAAGUACUGGGACGGCGACAAGUUUGAGCUCAUCCAAAAGCUCGAGGGCCACCACGGCGAGCUCUGGUCUUUGGCAGUUUCGCAGCGCGGCGAGUUUGUCGUCUCUGGCUCGCACGACAAGAGUAUCCGCGUCUGGGAGAAGACCGAGGAGCCCUUGUUCCUUGAGGAAGAGCGCGAGCGCGAGAUGGAGGCAGCGCACGACGCCGACCUUGCCGACAGUUUGAACCGUACCGGUCUCAACGAUGACGACGAGGACGAGGAUGGAGAAGGUGGCGAGGCCGAGGCCGUCCAGAAGCAGACUGCCGAGACCCUCAUGGCCGGCGAGCGUAUUGUCGACGCUCUGGAACUUGCCGAUGCCGACAAGCUCGCCUUUGAAGAGUACGAGGCUGAAAAGCUCCGUCUCGGCGCGGCUGGCGACAGCCUCCCUGCACCCACUCGUAACCCCGAGCUCCUCGCUCGUGGUGUCGAAGGCGACGAGCACGUCUACAACACGCUCAAGAAGAUUCCCGCGGCGCAGAUGGAGGACGCUCUGCUCGUCCUUCCCUUCCGCCAGGUUGUUUCUCUGCUCGGCUACCUCGACGCGUGGGCCCUCAAGGACCGCGACAUCAUCCUUACUGCCCGUCUUCUCCACUUCCUGGUCCGCACCCACCACUCGCAGUUGGUCGCCAACCGCGUGAUGCGCACCCAGCUCGUCGACCUGCGUACCCAUGUCCGUUCCGCACUUGAGCGCCACAGGAAGCGCAUGGGUUACAACCUUGCCGCUCUCCGUUUCCUGCGUUCCCGCUGGGAGGGCGAGCGUACUGCUGGUAUCCUUGAAGAGGAGGGUAUGGAUGAGGAGGCGGUCAAGAAGCGUUUGGCUGAGGGCAGGCAAAAGCGCAAGCGUGUGGCUGUCGCUUAG